GAGAAUUGAAGUAUUUAUUUAUUUAUUCCAUUUGUUGACGUGACAGUUGUGUUUGCUCAUCAUCAGCCACACAGAGGCGGCCGCGGCUGAGGUGGCUGCCUGCGUAAAAGAACUUCAGACUCUAGAGGUCUCCAUCCUUCAGCAUCCCUCCUCGGCACGCACCUAUUCCCCCUCCUCCUCCUCCUCUUCCUCCUCCCCCUCCUCCUCCUCUUUCUCCUCCUUUUCCUCCUCCUCCUCCUCCUUCUCUCUGGCGUUUUGUGCAGCCGAGGAGUAAAGAAGGAGGGUCGGAGCUGCCAGAGAACAGAGAGGGGACGACGCCUUUCACGCCAGAGCCACACACACACACCGACACACACACACCGACACAGACACGCAACACGCGGCGAACUUUGAUUUUCACGCCAACUACAGGCUGCAGAUGAGAUGCCGAUGAGGAGGGAAUGAGCCACGUUUCUCCUCAGCGGGAGCCGUAGAUGUGUCGGGCGCGUGCAUCAACACACGGUGAUGGUGAUGAUGAUGAUGGUGGAGGAGGAGGUGGUGGUGAUAACAACGUCCUUGGACUCAUGUGGCCAGUGAAGAUCCGUGUGUGUGUGUGUGUGUGAUUCCGCUGACGGUGCCGCUCGGUCGGUCCUGUACUUCGGUCAAGCCGAAUGAACGUGAAGGCGCCGUGAGCGCAUUGUUUCCAGCUCCGCUGCAUUUUUUCCGUACAUAUUCAUAUAUGGGAUUUCCAGCCGUGAUGUCGGCGACAUUCGGCUCUUUGUUUCUGGUUUUAUCCAGCCUGUUAUCAGUGGGCGCCCAGACGGAGAUGAAGAAGGUUUUCGGGGACAAUGCCACCUUACCGUGCCACUUCCAGUUUCCGUCGUCCAACUCCCUGGACAUCGAGUGGCUGCUGCAGAAGCCAGACUCCAAACAGAAAGUGAUCAUUACGUUCUUCGGAGGUCAAGUCUACACCAACGAGGCGACAGGCAGCGAGCGUCUCUCCUUCGCUGCCGAUUACCUCAACGGAGACGCCUCGCUGCUGAUCAGCGACCUGCUGCUGUCCGACUCUGGAGAAUACUACUGCAAAGUCAAGUCAGGAGGGACGUACCACUGGAGCCAGGUCAACCUCAUAGUCCUGGUUAAACCUUCCAAACCCACCUGCUGGAAGGACAGGAAGCCCCUAGAGGGCAGCGAUGUGAAGCUGAGCUGUGAGUCCAGCGAGGGUUCGGAGCCCAUCAGCUACAAGUGGGAGCGGGUUCUGGACAAAGGCAAGAGUCUGGGCAAACUGCCAAACCUGGCCCUGAUUGACCUGAAGAACCCGGGGAUCGUGACGCUCAGGAAUCUGACCAUGGACAGCACAGGCGUCUACAAGUGCACGGCGACCAAUGACGUCGGAGAGGAAAACUGCACAGUGGAGGUCACGAUGGACAGAGGUGGGGUGAAUGUGGGCGUUUGGGCAGGUUUGGUGGUGGUCGGAUUCCUCAGCGUCCUCACGUUAAUCAUCUGGCUGGUUUUCCAGAAUAAGGUGAAGAAGAAGUACGAGGAGGACGAGACUCCCAAUGAGAUCAGGGAGGACGCAGAAGCUCCCAAGGCUAAGCUAGUGAAGCCCAACUCCCUGUCCUCGUCCCGCUCCGGCAGCUCCCGCUCCGGAGCCUCCUCCACUCAGUCGAUGGUCCACAACAGCACCCAGCGCGCUCAGCGCCCCCGCCAGCCGACCGUGGCGGCGCUCAAGGAAAACGGACAGCCUCCGGGCUUCCCGCAGUCGCCUCCAGCCUAUAAUGCAGUGGUGCCCCCCAAAACCCCCGAGCCCCCUUCUACUCCCAAGUUCAACUCUAGAAACACGACAGGGCCCACACCCCCCACCCUCAUGGUCCCUGCCCAGACCAAGGCCUUUCAGACUGUGUAGGACCGGGGGCCGCUCACCUGCGUCAGUCAGACCCCCGUCCCGGCCCAAGCCCCUCACCCCCCCAUCCCAAAGACUUCUUCCAUAGACAUGGAAAAGCAACGAGUUUAAAGGAUGUAAUUUAAAGAAUCAAUACUAUAAGCCCCCCCCCACUCCCCCCCCUCAAAAAAAA